CGGCGCGGGGGAAGGAUUCCGCAGGCUGAGCGGGCGGGACCCGAGAAUUCAAAGAGACCUCAACGCGCUGCUCCCGGCCCGCCAGACAUCCAGAGGCAUGAAUGGGGACGGGCAGGCCAAUCCGAGAGCAAGAUUCACAGCCGCGGGCGCAGGGUCCAAUCGGAUCCCCGACGAGGCAGCGAGGCGGGGACGGAGCCAAUCAGCUGUGAGGACAGGGCCAGGGGGCGGAUCCGCCCGGUGUUUCAAAUUUUCUGGAUGGGUGAGAAGCAGCUGUGCUCGGCUUCUGGUCUGCGUUGGGCGCUGUUGGGGUCUGCUGGGCAGAACAGACUCUCGGCCAGGCGGAUGGCUUCUCGGUGGCCGGCCGUGGGGGCCUCCAUGCGUCGGAGGUCCCUACAGAACCAGGGGCAGCUGGAGGAGAGCGAGGCCCUACAGCCUGCAGUUGGCCACCCAGACACCUCCAGCGGGGCCCUGGACUCCCUGUGCAGGCAGUUCCAAAGGAGGCUGCCCCUGAGAGCAGUCAGCCUCAACCUCAGGGCGGGCCCCUCCUGGAAACGCCUGGAAACCCCACAGCCAGGACAGCAGGGCCUCCAGGCUGCAGCUCGCUCAGCUAAGAACGCCUUGGGUGCCGUGUCCCAGAGAAUCCAGGAGUCCUGCCAAAGUGGCACCAAGUGGCUGGUGGAAACCCAGGUGAAAGCCAGGAGGAGGAAGGGAGGGGCACAGAAGGGCAGUGGCCCCCCGGCUCGCAGCCUGAGCCACAGGAGCACCCGGCUAUCAGUGGCUGCCCCUGCCGGCUCAACCCUGGACCCCCGGGAGAGGGAGCAUCGCCGCCUCUCCACCCGGAUGGGCCCGCGUGCCCACCCUCGGCGGCGGUCCAGGAGAGAAGCUGCCCUCCGGAGCCCCUACUCCUCAGCAGAGCCUCUCUGCUCCCCCAGCGAGUCUGACAGUGACCUAGAGCCCGUGGGGGCAGGAAUCCAGCAUCUCCAGAAGCUGUCCCAAGAGCUGGAUGAGGCCAUCAUAGCCGAGGAGAGUGGCGACAUGACUGUUUCUCUCAUUCAUGACUGAGGACAGCAUCCUUCAGGAAGCAAGCCAUAGCUGACCACCAUGCCCUCACACCCAGGGUCCACGCUUCCCGGGAGUUCCUGGAGGACCCAGGAGCUGGCAGUGCCCCUGGGCCGCUGCAAACAGGGACCGGACUAACAAGGGCCCAGGUGGAGGCUGCUCGGGGGUCUCUGCCCUCCUGCUCCAGCCACUUCUCCACCCGCCAGUGACCACUUGCCGCAGUCUGCGAGUGACUCUGGGAGGCCUCGGAGAGGCGGGGGGAACUGCUCAUUCUACUCCCCUUUGGGGCUUAGAAACUCAUCCCACACGUGAGCUUUACAGUUGCUUCACUUGUAACGUGAAGUGCAAGCACAAGGUCAUAUUUGAGAGCUCUGAGCUGUGUACCCAGGAGUAAGGUCUGCAAAGAGUCAUCUCCUGUGUCACCAGUGCAGGGGCUCUUGGGAACCCAGAUUCUAAGCCCUGCUGCCCACAGCAGAGCCCCGGAAGAAGGGGUGGGAGAGAGUUCCAGGCCCCAAGACCUGAGUCCACAGGUACCUAUUUACACUCUCAGCACAGGGCACCGUGGGCGUACAGGGAGAGGUAGCCCUGUUCAAUAGCAAUUUCUGCCCUUUGUAAAUUAUUUAAGAAAUCUGCUUUGUCAUUUUAUUCGAAAGAAACCAGUGUACGACUUUCCUAGACAACACUGCUUUUUCAUAAUAAAGACUCUCUUUCUGUA